AUGGUGGGACCCCUGGGUCCUCCGAACUUGCAUCCACCCUUCGCGCCGGACGAGUAUGCCGCGCGGCUGGCUUCGGUGCAGCGGUCCAUGGCAGAAAGGAAGGUUGAUCUGUUGAUUAUCACCGAGCCGGAGAACAUAUACUACAUGACCGGCUACCAAACAGUUGGCUCUCCAGAAGUACAGGCUCUCAUGAUUGACGCGACCGACAAAAGUUAUUUUGUGACGCGACAGCUUGAGGUGAGCAAUGCAUCUCGCAGCAAUCUCAGGACAGAUCAAUUGGAGGUGUAUGUUGAUUAUGAAAGCGGCAUUUCCAAGCUUUGCAACGUGAUCAUGCGAGAAAGCCCCAGCAUCAAAACGGCGGGACUUGAAAUGACAUCGCGUCGAUUGACUGCCGCUCAGCGACAGAUCUUGGAAUCGAGACUGUCUUGCAAUUUCGUGGAUUGUUCCAGUCUCAUUCCAAAGCAUCGUCUCAUCAAAUCUCCUGCAGAGAUAGCGAUUAUGAAGCGUGCGGCUGAAAUUUGUGCAGCUGGGGUCCAAGCGGGGCUGUCUUCCACGGUGCAUAUGACAGAGUCACAGAUUGCGGGGAACAUAUACCAUGCGAUGUGUGAAAAAGGCGGUGAAUAUCCUGCCUACCCGCCUUUUGUGUGUGCGGGGCGGAAUGGUUGCAUCGGCCACUACACAGGUUCUGGGCAUCAUGCCCUCCGUGAUGGCGAUCUCUUGUUUUUGGAGAUUGGAGGCUGUUUUGAGCGAUACCACGCUGCUUUGAUGCGGUCCUGCUAUGUGGGAACUGCUCUUCCUCAAGCCUUAGCUGAAGCAGAAGCUGCUGUCUUGAAGGCAAUGGACACUGCAAAGAAUCUCAUGCGACCGGGAGCCGUUGCACGCGACGUUGAUCGCGCAGCUCGAAGGGAAUUGGAAAAGGUGCAAGGCACGAUGUCACUACGCUCCGGCUACUCCAUUGGCAUUGGCUUUUAUCCGGAUUGGGGUGAAGCCGAGCAUUUUCGAAUGGAUCCUGGUUCGGAGCAGGUCUUUGAAGAGAAGAUGGUGUUGCAUUUGAUUCCAUGGCUUCAACUUCCUGACUACGGAGGAGUUGGUCUCAGUGACACUGUCCUCAUCACCCCUCACGGCGCCGUCUCCUUGUUCGACCGCCUCGUUCGACCGCAGAUCGCCUUGAUUCCGCCCUCCCUUCGACAACCCUUUGGGCCAGAGGAGUCGCAGAGGGUGCGACGUGUGCUGAAGUUGGAACCAACACCCUUAGAGAAACUUCACCUGGAAGGUUUAGGUUCUCUCUUCGUGAAGGAUGAAUCGAAGCGCUUGGGUUUGCAAGCCUUCAAGGUCGUUGGUGGAGCAUAUGCCAUGCUUCGCUUCAUGUGCAAGCGUUUAGCGCUGCCGAUGGUUGAGGAGCACCAGGACGUGUCAGACGUCCAACGUCAAUACGCGGAGCGUUUCGGUAUCACGACCUUUGUGACUGCAACCGAUGGGAAUCACGGCCGUGGUGUUGCUUGGGCUGCCAAGACCUUCGGGCAGAAGGCGGUGGUUUACAUGCCUAAGGGAUCUGCUCUUCAACGGCUGCAGCAUGUGAAGGACCUAGGAGCAGAGGCAGAGAUUACAGAUCUGAACUAUGAUGAUACAGUUGAGAUGGCCUUUGCAGAAGGAAGGAAGAAAGGUUGGGUGGUGUUGCAGGAUACCACUGCACCGGGAUACACUGAAAUUCCUGAAUGGAUCAUGCAAGGCUACACAGCCAUGGUCCAAGAGUCUUUAGAAGCAAUGGAGGAUUUUCCCAGCCAUGUGUUGUUGCAGAUGGGCGUUGGUUCCAUGGCCGCCGCAGUGGUUGGUCACUUCAGUGCCUUGAGAGUGAGUAAUGGAUACCGAAUGCCUCGAUUUCUGGUUCUUGAACCGAAGAAUGCCGCAUGCGGACUAGAAUCCAUGAGAAAUGAUGGAAAGCUUACAGAGGUGACGGGCGAAUUGGACACGAUGAUUGCAGGUUUAGCCUGUGGCGUUCCAUCGAGCAUUGCUUGGCCCAUCCUGCGUGAACACGUCUCGGCAUUCGUCAGUGUUGAGGACGAGAUUGCCGGAAAUGGCAUGCGACUGCUGCAUCGGCACGGAAUCGAAGCAGGAGAAUGUGGCGGAGCUGCUGCAGGGCUCCUGGAGCAUAUCAUGUCAUCGAACUGUCAGACUGCUACAGCUUUGCGAGAAGCACUGGCUUUAGGAGCGGACAGCCAAGUGUUGAUCAUCAAUACCGAGGGCGCAACCGAUCCGGAGAACUAUCGACUUCAAUUGACUUUGCCUCACGUUAAGCCACGUGAUGGUAUGCUCACCUUUGAGCUUGGAGUGUUGAUCGCAGGCCGGAUCUUGCGGUUCCGCGUCUUAGGCAUCGUGGUCCACACCGUGGAGCCAUCCACGAUCAAAGUGGCAGGUCACAAGCUGCAGGCCUUGGCCGUUGGCACUCUGCAGUCGGCUGAUGUGGUUCGGAAAGAGGAGGAGAUGCAAGUUGACGUUGUUGUCUCCAUGAAAGAUAUCGGUGGAGCAACAGAGGUUGCCAGCUCUGGAGACUGCAAGGUGCGGUUGAAGCACAGCCCCUUUGAGUUGCACUUCAUCGUCAAAGAUGAGGUCGUUCAGAAGCUCAAUUCGCAGCACCUCUUGAAUUUCGAGCGGCAGCCUCACGCAGGCUUGGUUGAUGCCACAGAUGUGGACUCCAAUGACCUCUUCGAGGUGGAUCAGGUGGUCCUGUCUCUCACUUUGGAAGUGUCUACCUACUGCCAGCUCUACCAUGACUUGACUGAGCGCUUGCCGGAGAGCUUUGGUGGGCAUACCGACAGCAAGCCACGUGGCCCUGCUGGCGUGGGGAUCGAUGUGAGCUUCGAGGAGAGCCGCAGGGCAUUGUCUCAGUCUGCUUUGUCUUCGGUUCAGCGCAGGAUGCGAUUGACGAAGUUUGACCAAUAUGACAUCCCUUAUGAUGUUCUCUGGCUCGACAUCGAGCACACAGAUAGUAAGAAGUACUUCACCUGGCAUCCAACUCAUUUCAGCCAAGCUGGAAAGCUCUUGGAUACACUGGAGGCGUCUGGGCGCAAGUUGGUGACCAUCAUCGACCCCCACAUCAAGAAAGACACAGGGUAUGACGUCUACAAGAAAAUGCAGUCGCACGACCUGUUCACCAAGACCAAAGACAAGCAACUCUACGACGGUUGGUGUUGGCCGGGCACCUCUUCAUACCCAGACUUUUGCAAUCCCGGGGCUCGAAAGCUUUGGACCAGCUUUUUCCGGAUGGACUACUAUCCUCACAACAGGUGGGAGCACCUGGCCAUCUCAGUGCCUAUGCUUGUGUCUCUUUGCCUUUGUGGAGCUUCUUUCGUUGGAGCCGACGUUCCGGGCUUCUUCUAUGAUCCAGAGCCGGAACUCUUUCGAAGGCCGGACGUCAGAGGUACACGCUCUUUGCCCAAUGGGCUCAUGCAGGAGCUGGGCAGUGACAUCCUCGUCCGUGCUAUCUCCAAAGCUGGAGAGAAGUCAGUGGAUCUUUAUUUGCAGCUUGUUUGA